UAUUCAAUUCUGUCUUUGGAAACUGCUCUUUUUCCUUGACUUUUUCUCUUAAAAUUAAUUCCCCUUCUUCUUUUUAAAAAAUAUUCAACUUCCUUUUGUUGUUGUUAUUAUUAUCAAAUUUGAAUAAUAUAGUCUUUGGUUAAAUGUGAAUUUACCAAUAUUACUGUUCUCUCUUCCUAAUAAUCUCCGGAUUCUAUUCCCAUUUGGUUUAUGUGUUGCUUCGCUUACCUUUCCUCAUUCCCAUCAUCAUCUCCUCUUCUCUCUGCUAAUAAAAAGUGGUUUGUUUUCCUCCUCUCUCCGCAAUCGGUUUCCUCUUUCAUUGUGUUUUGUUGAAGAAUCUAUUUGAUAUUUAGAGGUCUGUAACGUUUCUUUCUUUCUUUCUCUUACCAAACUUCUCAGAUCGGUCUCUUUCUUUUUGAUUUCUGUGUUGUGGGUUUCUUUGUGCUCGAUCUUAACUGGUGAAAUCGGUUGGUGGGUUUGGCUCUGUUCGUCCUAAGAACUUGAAUAAUUCAGGUUUUGUAAGAAAAACUUUCCAGCAUCGGUUACAUUGUGAAAAGUGGUAAGAGGAUGCAGGGAGAGAGGGCAAGUAUCGGUUCUUUAUCAGAGACAAUGAACUUUGAGCAUGGUUCUACAUCUAGCAACCCUGUGGCAGAACAGCAGAUUCUUUGGGAUAAUGAUCUGCAGAACUACAUGAGUUCAGCUGCUGCUGUUGAUACAAACACUACUAUGUCAAACGCAGUGUAUCAUGAGCCACGUGACUUGCACAGGUUUAACCUUGGUGAAGGUAGCUCUAGUGGUACAAAGAACGAAGCCCCUAGUAGUCACAGCGAGCAAUGGAUGCAAAUGGGACGUUUUGAGGAAAGAAGAAACGACAAGCUAGAGUUGAACCCUUUGUUUAUGCAGCAACCGUCUAGUACUGGAAACCGAGUUGUGCGUGAUGUCAAUCUGAAUGCAGAGUAUAUUGAGCGUGCUGAGGAUAUGAAUCCAGUCACAGGUCAAGGUAACGUAGCAGAGAACAGUGCUAGAGCUGGUUGUAAAAGAAAAGCUGUUGAUGCUGGCAUUGGCCAGUCAUCAUCAUCAGUCGGAGCUUUCCACCGUGGAGAGAGCAGUUCAUCUUGGGUGUCAGGUCCUUCGUUUUAUAAUCAUAAUAAUGAUUUGAACAUAUCUCUUAACCAUGCUCCAAGAGCGUUGGUUCCAAAUCUGUCUCCUUCUCCUUCCCCUGCCAUCUCCAGCAGAAACUUCUCUUUCGGGGCUAAUCCCACUGCUCAACAACCAGUUUUUGUCAGACAACCAGUUCCUCCAUCCAUGAGCGCGCCAGGACAUGUACAACCUGUUGUAGAUCAACAGCUAAUGGACAUGAGAUAUAGACAUCCUUUUAGCAAUGUUACUCCUCUAAACCCAAAUGCUUCUGCUCCUAGUAUGCCUCCAAGAAACAUGAUACCACCAUUUCAAUGGAGUGGGAACCCAGUAGCAGCCGCUGGAUCAUCUGCUCCCGUUGACCGAAACGCCCUUCGUCCAGGUCAGUCCAGGCUAAGAAGCAACAUGCUAGCUAAUCCUUUGUUUGUUCCAGCUCCUCCUGAACCGAGGAAUCUCGCCCACGGUCAUGUUGCAUCGGCAAGUGUUCAGCCACCAGCUUCGAGUCCAACAUGGGCUCCUUACCAGAACCAGUCGCCACAUAAUCAAAGAAGAUUAUCUGAACAUCGUCGUAGGUCGUUGAUUUCUUCCCUUCUUACAAACCAGAGAGCUGCUGCUGCUGCUGCUGCUCGUUCCAUGGUCCCCCCUCCCGCUCCGGAUCAUCAUGGGGUUCAUCCUGGGGGCGAUAACAACUUUCAGACACUUAAUCAGGCAUACUCGAGAGCAGUACCAAGGCAAGGACAAACUGCUGUUGGCGUUCCUCAUUCUUUGCGUGGCUUGGCAUCCACAAGUCGAGGAAGAAGCAGACCUUCUGCAUCUGAGAUCCGCAAUGUUUUGGAUCAUAUGCGUAGGACGGGGAACUUGCGCGUGGAGGAUUUUAUGCUUCUCAAUCAGACGAUGAUGCUAGGUGUAGCUGAUGUUCAUGACCGGCAUAGAGACAUGCGCCUUGAUGUUGACGACAUGACAUAUGAGGAGUUGUUGUCUCUAGAAGAGAGGAUUGGAGAUGUUUGUACCGGUCUUAAUGAAGAAACCAUAUCAAACCGGUUGAAGCAAAGGAAAUACAAUAGUGGUACCAAAUCUACACAAGAAGUAGAACCAUGCUGUGUUUGUCAGGAGGAAUACAAGGAAGGAGAAGAAAUGGGGGUGCUGGAAUGUGGGCAUGACUUCCAUAGCCAAUGCAUCAAAGAAUGGCUGAAGAGGAAGAAUCUUUGCCCAAUCUGCAAAACAACAGGGUUAAACACUGUUGAGAAGUCGAGCAAAUAAUGCUGAAAAGACCUUAAGCUGUUCUUGAGUUUUCACCAUUCGUCGAAUCUUCUUAUACCAUUGCAACCUCAUAAGAACACACCCAAAAAGUCAACUUUGGUGUCUGAGUUUGAGGUUUGAUGAUUUGGAGAUAGUGAAAAGUAAGGAAAUCAACUGAGGGAGAUAGGAAGGAAAUGAGGAGAAUCUAAGAAAAAAGAAACUUGGGUUCUUCUGAAUUUGUUUGGAUAAUUUAAUUUUUUACCAAUUAGUUUUUUCUUUUCUUAUGAUUAAAAGAACCAAAAAAGUUUGUGAGUCAAUUUGAUAGAUUUUAUGGAUGAUUGAUUAUGUAAUAUAAGUGUCUUAUAUUAUCCUAAUUGGAUCUAUCAACAUAGCAAAAGCUAUGUAAAUUCUUUGA